AGCAUAUUCAUUACCCUCCAGGACACAUUAAAUUCCUCAACUCCUAGAUGCGCCAACUUAUCCUGAUCAGCUGAAAUCCAGCUGUUGCUCAUCUUCCAGUUUCGUUUAAUACGCUGUUCUCUCUUCGUGAACAUGGCUGGAAGCGCACUGGACCAGUUCUCGCAAAAUUUUACAAGCUCUCCAGACUGGGCAAAAACAAAUCAUCCUGGCAUUGGUGCCCGUCGCGGAUCUUCGACCCAGCCUCAUGGCCUUCACGCGCACCCGACCCUUCAUCAAGCGCCCCGGGGAGCCCUAAAUGGGCGAGGAAUUGCUUUGGGUGACCAAAAGCGUCCUCAGAGCGCGCCUCCGAAACGGCCAAUUACUCCACAAGCCUUUCGUUACGCCGGCGAACCUGGUCGAGGCUUUGUACGAGGCGGAUAUAGUUCCCACAGGGGCACGUAUGGACGCAGAGGGAAGCCGUCCGCCGCCAGCCCUUGGGCAUUUAGACAGCAUCAGUCGAUUAAACCAGUCGAAGAUUGGUCGAACUGGACAGAACUCGGUGUUAAAGUCUCCGGCCUACCUUCCUCUAUCACUACGCUUGAACUAUAUCGCAUGUUGAUCGAUGAAGGGCCGAUCGAGACCAUUGAAAUCUUUGAGAGCACUAGAGGAACUCGAGAUGGUGUAGCAAGAGUUCGAUUCAGCCCUCCUCCGAGAAGAUCAUUUUGGUUGGAACAAAGCUAUGCCGUUGAGACUGCUGCCUCAAAACAGCGGCCCAUUGCGGUCGAGUUGGAGCCCAAGCGUAGGACUUUUCUGCACCCUAGUCCUUUAAAUCCGUCGAUUAAAUAUCCGGAACGGACGACUUUACUGGCAGAAGCUCUUGACUUUGGCUUCCUGUACGAUGAAUCAACAAUGAUGGCCAUGCGUAACAUAUACGGAACCAGCCAGUCUGACAUUUGCUUUACACUAAACUUGAUUCGCCGGGAAAUUGACAUUCGGUUUAAUUUACACAUCCAGGAUCCACGGCGCCAAAUUGGUCUUGCUCCCAAGCUUGCAGGUACCAAGCCAGCGGCUACCGUUGGCUCUCUCGACAGAAUCGAAACCUACCGGUUCAGGAUUCCCUUUGCGCAAUGCCAGCGAAUUUUUGAGAUGGAUAUUGGAGACGACAAAAAGGUGCUCAUUGUGCCAAUAGACACGCCGCCAAACUUCUUCCGAAGAGUCAAACGCAUUGAGGCAACUCACGAUGAGAGAGCAACAUUCUGGAACGAAUGGGAGACCUGGCGUAGACAGACUGAUGUGCUCUACGCACCAAAUCAGCUUAGACAUGUACCCUUAACUCUGAAGAAGGGCGCCCCUAUUAUAGAUAUUGGAAGAUGGACAACGUAUCGGUUCGUGUUCAGCAAAGCCAAUAACGACUGGAACAAAUACGCUGUAGUGCACCGAGCUCUGCGGGACUACAAUGUGGAGAUGCUGGGGAUUGAGAAAUUUGCACUCAAGGUUGAUCCCGAAUCGUCGGUCUGGGAGUUUAUAGAUAGACCUUCAGUCCGUGACCAGAACUCUGGCUCGUUUCUCGAGGACAUGGCCCAGUUGACAGUUCCGCCACUCUCUUUCCCCGUGCGAUAUCAACUCGAGGUCUGCAUUUCUCAGGGUUGCCUUAACGAGCACAAUAUAAGCAAAGCCUUCGUCGAUGCGUUGACAGCAAUGGACGCAAAGAGGGCCCAGGAUCUUCUUGAGCACGUGGCCUCUCAGAAACGACGAUUUUACGAUCCGAUGGAGAUAUUUACCUUGAAAUACCCUAGGGUAUCACAAACAAAGAUUCCACAUUACUGCGCAGAAAUGCGAUCGGCAACAGUAACGCCUACCAUGGUCUAUUACAACAGUCCAAGCAUCGAAACAUCAAAUCGCGUAGUCAGGCGCUAUAUCGAGCAUUCGGAUCGCUUUCUCCGUGUGCGAUUCUCAGAUGAGAAAUACCAGGGGAGAAUCAAUGCUAUAGAGAAUCAAUCAAAUGAUGAGAUUUUUACGCGAAUAAAGAGAAUUCUUGCGAAUGGUAUAACCAUCGGAGACCGUCAUUAUGAAUUUCUUGCAUUUGGAAAUUCGCAAUUUCAUGAACACGGUGCCUAUUUCUUUGCCAGGCUUCCGCAUCUGAACGCUGCCGAUAUUCGGCUUUGGAUGGGAAAGUUUGACAAUAUCAAGGUUAUUGCCAAAUAUGCAGCUCGCAUCGGACAAUGUUUCUCGACCACGCGGGCCAUUAACGGAACAAGGGUAGAGAUUAAAGAGCUCCAAGACAUUCAACGUAAUGGCUAUAAUUUCACUGACGGUGUCGGCAAGAUCUCUCCUUUCCUCGCGACCAUAGUCGCAUCAGAACUUGAGCUUCCCAACCCACAGGAUCCCCCAUCGGUGUUCCAAUUUCGGCUCGGUGGUUGUAAAGGUGUGCUCGCAAUCUCUCCUGACGCCAAAAAGAAUGAGAUACAUAUCCGCGAAAGCCAGUAUAAAUUUGCUGCAGCACAUAAUGGCCUUGAAAUUAUUCGCUGGUCUCAGUUUGCCGCGGCUUCACUGAAUAGGCAAAUCAUCCUCGUCCUUUCUGCACUUGGUGUUCCGGAUGAAGUUUUCGUCAAUAAAUUGAAAGGCAUGCUUUCUGAUCUUGAGCAAGCGAUGUCGAACCAAAGCAAGGCAUUGCACCUACUUCAGAAAUACGUUGACCCGAAUCAAAUGACAAUGAAUAUAGCGAAUAUGAUUUUGGACGGGUUUCAACAGAGUAAUGAGCCCUUUGUGGCCUCGCUGUUGCACCUAUGGAGAGCUUGGUCCAUCAAAUAUCUGAAGGAAAAGGCGAAGAUUCUCAUCGAGGAUGGCGCUUUCGUUCUGGGCUGCGUUGAUGAAACUGGAAUAUUAAACGGACACUACGAUAAGCAAGAUCGGAGAAAUGUGAAUAAGGAGGCUGUUGAUCUCCCCGAGAUAUUCAUUCAAGUUUCUGAUCAAGAGAGGAAAGAUGGUUAUGUUGUCAUUGAAGGACCAUGCCUUCUCGCACGGAAUCCCUCUCUACACCCCGGGGACGUUCGCGUCGUGCGUGCCGUCAACGUUCCUGAGUUAUAUCACCUGAAAAACGUUGUUGUUCUACCGCAAACUGGCGAUCGAGAUGUUGCUAGCAUGUGCUCUGGCGGCGAUCUCGAUGGCGACGAUUACCUGGUCAUCUGGGAUCAAGAGCUGACUCCUACUGAAUGGAAUUACGAGCCAAUGGACUAUACGCCACCAAAUCCUGCCCCAGUUGAUGAAGUAACUAUAGAUCAUAUCACUUCCUUCUUCGUUACAUAUAUGAAAAACGAUCGACUACCUACCAUUGCCACGUCGCACAUGGCUCAUGCAGAUUACCUCGAUACCGGCGUCAAGGAUCGAAAAUGUUUACAAUUAGCGGCACUCCAUUCGAAGGCUGUCGACUAUACAAAGACCGGAGAGCCAGCCAGAAUGCCCAGAGAGCUUCGAGCUCGGAAGUGGCCCCAUUUCAUGGAGAAGAACCAUGUACCGAAGGAGCAGAUUUAUGUCUCACGCAAGGUCCUUGGUCAGCUUUAUGAUCAGGUCCAACGUGUGGAUUUUGUUCCUCAUUUUGAGUCGAAGUUUGAUGAGCGUAUUCUGGGAGCCUGUCAAACAAGAGAUGAAGAUAUCAAAGCCGCUGCGAUGCUCAAGGAGGAGUAUGAUGCUGCCAUGCGCCGUAUCAUGGCGCAGUAUCAGAUUGAUACAGAGUUUGAGGUAUGGUCGACCUUUUUAAUGAGCCACGCAAAUGCAUCAAAAGACUACAAGUUCCACGAGGAGAUGGGAGUGAUAUCAUCUGGACUUAAGCAGCGGUUCAAGCAGGCCUGUUUCGAAAAGGCUGGCACAAGGGAUGUUGAUGGGCUCGUGCCGUUUGUAGUUGCAAUGUACAAAGUGACUGAGCAACAGUUAAGCCAAGCUCUGGAAGAGAGUCGCAGGCCCAGAACAGUCGCAGGUCAGGAAGAACCGAGCAAGAAGAUCAACGUGAGCACGAUGCCUCUGAUUAGUUUUCCAUGGCUAUUUGACAAGGUCUUGGGGAGAAUUGCAAAUGGCGAGCUACCGGGUCGACAUGGCCAGGCUACGGAGAGAUUGCCGCCAGAAAGUAUGGAGGGGCAUCCUCCAAUAGGAGCCCAUCUGGCUAAGCCGAUAAAUCUGGGCGAGUUGGGCCUCGAAGGAGACUCAUUGGAGACGAACGAGGGAGUCACUCAUCGUGGGGAGAUGCUGCAACUUUUCCAGCAUGGAGAUCGCCAGGAGCAGAACUCCAAUAGGCAAGGAAGUGGUGCCCCGCUGGCGGAGUUCGAUCGAAAAGAUAUGGAUAUGCUACGUCAAAAUCCUCAUACCAACGUUGUCGCCCCCAUAGAUAAGCUUGGGUUCGAGGAUGUUGGACCCCAUGGUAUGUCUAAGGUCCCGCAGGAUCUCGAAGUUGAAAUUUGGAAGAGUACUCCUUCCGAAGAGGUGGAGAUGUCGCCUACUGAAGCAGCUGAGGAUUGUGGCCACCCAGAUGGCUUGACAAGCGUCGAGCCACAAGGCUCCCCAGAAACACGCGAAAGUUUCCUUCCUCGUCCUCAUCUUCUAGAUACACUUCUGAACUCUGAAAUUUCUUCACCAUUACUUCCAAUCCUUGAGCCAGAACAUAAGAGACUUGGGAUAGUCUCACAGCCCGAACCUAUUGAUGGUUCCAUUCUCCAGCGGGAGGAUACCGUGGGGAGCUUGGGAGCAGAAAUCGCCGAUGCACCGAGUGAUGGACUUCGGACCACGCUGUCAAAUGAUUCUGGGGAUCUUCUUGUCUGGGAGGAAAACGAAACUGCCACAAACAAUGGACUAUCGAAUGCUCCUGCUAUAAAAAGCGACCAAAAUAGUCGACAGAAUACGCCGGACAUUGAUGCACCAUCUUCGUCUCAUAGCUCCAGUCAAGUAGAGCAGCCCGAAGGUGUUGACGAAGAAGAAGCGUCAAGCUCCGAAGAAGAGUUUACCGAAGUCGUAACUCUUGACAUGGCAUCUGGGGAAUCUGCUCUCGAAGAGUUGUUUAAUCUCGUUUCUUAAGCAUAUAUUCCGACGGUGACUGUUUUGCUAUUUAUUGGACGUUUACAUCAUUACCUGCACCAAGAUUCGGACUUUUGGGCUAUUUAGGUUCUCAUGACUUACAAGAAGAGGUCGUAAGAUGAACAGGGCAAAUUCUAUAUUUACUGCUUUAGAGAUGGCUUAUACGUUUAAGGUCUCGUUGCUUGUUGGUAAAUAUUGCGCGAAUAAAUAAUCCAUCUAUGAGCAAAAGUUUCCUGACC